AUGCCCCAGCUCGGAGCUGAGUCAUGCGCGGCGCUGAGCCAGAGCCACGCGCACUGCGGUGCCGCGGCUGCCGGGAACCGCCGCGCCGGGGCCGGGGGCUGCAGAGGGCCGCGUGGGGCAGGGGGCUGCCGCCGACAAACCCCCGCCAUCGCCGGCCCUUCCCCAGAUAACCGGAGCUGCCUCCGGCAGAGCUGGACCCACCGCGAGCCGCGGGGCCGAACCGUGCCCGGUGGAGCGGGGGAUGCCCGGCGGGACCCGACACGGCCGCCCACGGCUCUUAGGCCCCCUGCCCGCGUUUGGGACGGGACAGGGACCCCCUGGGGCCCCAACGGGGACGGGUUUCCCAGUGGGAUGAAGUGGGGUGUCACGGCGCCAGGCGAGCCCUACGUGUCGCCACCAGCCGCACCCCGACUCCCGCACACGCCGGCACACGUGAGAGCCCGGGGGAGAACCUUGGCCCGCGGGGAGAACCGUGACACGCCGGCAGAACCCCUGACCCCUUCGGCAGAACCCCGACCCCGCCAGGCACCGGCGUGUCCUGACCCCGGAGCGGGGACGCGCUGGCCGGGGCACUCGGUGCCACCCAGCCCGUCCCCACCCUCCCAAACCUCCCAAACACCUUCCAAGCCCCCGGCGCAGCGCCGAGCACGCCCCGGUGUAAUGACAGGGCAGCCAGGGCCUGCGGCACCCUCCGACCCGCUGCCGCCCCGACGCCGGGCGAUGGACGCGCCCAGGGCCGGGAGCCUCCGGCCCGGCCGGUUUGCCGCCGGCCGUGGGGAGAGGGACUGUUGCCGGGCGCCCGGCCAGGCGGGGGACGCUUACCGCUGCAUUUUAAUUGUCCGGCCCCGAGCUGAUAAUCACGGCCCCGGGCUGUGUCCGUGCCCGUCCCGCGGCGCUGCCGGGGCGCACGCAGAGGUCGUCCGGGCCCGGUCCCACGGCGCAGCCCCCGGGCCGCUCUGCCCAAACAAACGGGAGCAGAGUGAGGCCGGACGCGUGUGCCAGCGCCGGGGCGGCCGUGCCACCGCGGCGGCCGAGGGCGGCACCGACAGCGGGCACCGGGAGCCGGGCGGCGCGUCAGUGCCGGCCCGGCAGCACCGCGGUGCCGGGGCGAACUGGGCUGCUGCGACUGGCGGGUUCUAUUUUGGGAGCCGUCCCGGUGGCUUCUCAAGUGACAAACACGCGAGGGGGGUGGCAGACAGCCCGGUGGGGGCUGAGCGCCGUGCGGAGCCGCCGCGGGGCUGCCGGGGACCUGGCAGCGAGCACAGUGGCCCUGGUGCCAUCAGAGGUGGCCACUCGCCGCUGUCCCCCCCCAGGGGUCCCCCCAGUGCCACUUCCCCCCACCCCAAGCAGAGCAUCCCCGCUCCCCAACCUGCGCUGCGGUGGGCACAGGUGGGUUUGCCGGGCGCGGGCAGCCCCCAGCCCCGCACCGGCUCCAUCCCCAGCCCCGCACCGGCUCCAUCCCCAGCCCCGCACCGGCUCCAUCCCCAGCACCCUUCCCUGUCUCCCGGCGGCAGUGCCCGUCCCGACGAGGCGAACCGGCCGCUCACGCACCGGGAGCUGUCGGCUCCCGACGGCGAUGCCUGCGCGGUGCCGGUGCCCGGAACGCGGGCCGCCUGCCGCCCGGGACCGCCACGGCAGCAUCCCGGGAGUGUCACCCACAUCAGCACCGGCGGCACCGGCACUGCCCGACCGGCGGCGGCCCGGGCCCCGCAGGAGCCCCCAGACCGGGGAUCCCCGGGUGACGCCCAGGCCCCGCUCAUGCCCGGGACCGGCGGCAAUGCCCGGGCCGCUGCUGCGCGGUGCCGGGACUACAGCUCCCGGCCUGCCGGUGCCGUACCGGGACCGCGCCGUACCGGGGCCGCAUCGUGCCGUGCCCGCGGCCCCGCGGGAGCUGCGGCCGGGUUGCAGGAACGGCCGUCGCUGAGUCAGGCCCGGCCCCGCCGCCACCGGCCCCGCGGGACCACCCGGCCCCGCCGCUCAGCCCCGGCCCCGCCGCUCAGCCCCGGCCCCGUUCCCGGCCCGGUCGCGGCCGCUCCAUCCUCGGCGGCACCGGACAGACCUCCCAAACCACCCGCGGCCGCUUCAUCCCCGGAGGCCCCGCGGCCCCCCGGCCUCGCCUCUCAGGCCGUGUUCUCGGCCCGGCCCCGCCGCUCCAUUCCCGGAGGCCCCGCGGCCCCCCCGGCCGGCGCCGGCGGCCGGUGCGGGGAUGCGGGCGAUGGCGACGGCGCUGCCCGGUCCCUCCCCAGCCCCUGGACGGUCCCGCCGCACUCACCGCUCGGCCGCGGCCGCCGCCGCUCCGCUCCCCCCGUUUCGCUGCCGCCGCUCCGGGACCGGGACCGAGACCGGGCCGGGAUCGCUCGGACCCACCGCGCCUGCGCCGCCCCCCCCGGCGGGCGGGGCCGGCCAAUAGACCACGCCCAUGCUGCCAUGGCAACUGACGUGACCACGCCCUCUUAA